AUGGAUACUCUUCAAAACUCCGUGAUCGCGCCUCUCCAGCCGUACCUGGAACCCAUCGUCUCUGCAAUCCCCGAACAAGUACACGAUGCUGUCAUCUCCCUAAUCGGCAAACCGUGCCACAGCGCGCUCCUGCUCGACCUCGAUGUCACUAAAGACCCUGCAUGCACGACCCUCGCCAUUUCCAAGGCCCUCGGCAUCGCCAUCGUUGGCGCCAGCGCCAUCGUCAAGGUCCCCCAGAUCCUGAAGCUCAUCGGAUCCCGCUCCUCCGCCGGUGUCUCCUUCGUCUCGUACGCCCUUGAAACUGCUAGCUUGCUCAUUACCCUCUCCUACGGCGUCCGCAACCAUUUCCCCUUCAGCACCUAUGGCGAGACUGCCCUUAUUGCCGUGCAAGAUAUCGCGGUCGGAGUCUUGGUCCUGCACUUUGCUGGCCGCACUGCUGCCGCGGCAACUUUUGUUGCCCUUGUAGCUGCUAGCAUCUAUGCCUUGCUGUUCGAUCAGACGCUCGUCGAUGCCCAGACUAUGGCUUACUUGCAAGCUGGUGCCGGUGCUUUGGGCGUUGCCAGCAAGGCUCCUCAGAUUUACACUAUAUGGCGCGAAGGCGGAACCGGACAGCUGAGUGCUUUCGCAGUCUUCAACUACCUCGCCGGAUCCCUGUCCCGCAUCUUUACUACCCUCCAGGAGGUCGACGAUAAGCUUAUUCUCUACGGAUUCAUCGCUGGCUUCUCCCUCAACGUCAUCCUCGCUACCCAGAUGAUCUGGUAUUGGAACGCGCCCAGUCCCGCAAAGAAGCAGACCCCUCGCGCAAAGGCCGUGGAAAAGACACCCGUCGCACAGGCCUCAGGAGCCUCUCCCAGACCCGGCGUGAAGACCCCCACCACCCGCCGACGCGGUUAG